AAACAAUAUAUAAUCUCCCUCUCUUCCUCUCUAGGCUGGACAAGGAGAUGGAGGAGAGCGACCGGAGGCUUGUGGCACUCACGGAGGAGCAGAGCGAGGAGCAGCAGAGGUGGCAGGAGGAGCUGGAUGAGCUGAGGCGACAGAUGGAGCGAGCGAGGAAGGAGGCGCGGGAGGCCGAGCUGAGGGCCUUAAGGGAUGAGAUCGCCGCCGUGGAGAAGCAGAGGGACGUCGCCAUGGCUCGCAUCGAGGGCUGGCUCAGAGAGGUGGGUCAGUACCUGAACACCGUCCGGGUGGAGUCCCCGCAGGAGUUCCUCCACGAGCGGCAGAAGUGGGAGAAGAAGGAAGGUCUGGUCCGGAGGAACCGCGCCGAGCUCCAGAGCCGCUUCCAGGAGGUCCUGCAGCAGCUCCAGCAGGGUCGGGAGUUAGAGUCCCUCCCCAGGAUCAACGUCCCGUCUCUGCCUCAGGUCCCCAUGGCCGACCUGAGGUUCAAUCAGGUGAUGCAGCCACUGGUCCGCCCCCAGUUCAUGCCCCCCCCUCCUCCAUUCCCAAUGAACCGACCCUUCCCUCCCCAGAGACACCCGCUCCACUACCAGCCCCCCUAUCAGCCCCCUUACCAUCCCCAGUACCGUCACCGCUACCAGCACCUCCCAUCGCCCCGUCUCCAGUUCCAGCCCCCCCUCCCACACCCACUCCCCCUCCCCCCCCAGCACCAGCCCCUCCACAUGCCUCCGCCUCAGUUCCAGCCCCACAUGAGGGUGACUCCCCCUCCCAGUCUCUCUCCGUCGCCUCCCGUUCAGCCCAUCCACCCUGUAGCUGCUUCCCCUCCUCCCACCGCCGCCGGCUCCGCCCCCGCCGGCAAACUCGACAAGAUCCUGGAGAGGCUCAGGACUCGUUUCCCACAAUGCACCAGGGCCCAGCUGAUGUUGCUGCUGCAGCAGGUGAAGAGCUCCCGCGGCAUGCUGGCCGGCAUGUCCAUGGAGGAGGUGAUCGAGCAGGUCGGCUUCAAGCUGGCGCAGAGCGAGCGGUCGGCGCCUGGGCCCAUCAGCCGGCCCGCUCCGCCGGGCCCCAUCCAGAGGCCGACGGCAGCGGCGGCGGCCGGUGGUGGAGGUCCGGCGGUCGGGGUCCAUAAACUCUGCCUGAUGUGCCAGAACCACGUGGAUCUGGAGAGCCGCCACCCGCUGAGCUGCUCACACACCAUCCACAAAGACUGCAUCAGGGUCUGGCUGCAGUCCAGCAAGAACAACUCGUGCCCCUUCUGCCCGGGGAAGUGACCCGACAACCCUGUACUGGACUCUGAACCGGGCCGCUCCAAAGAUGACUCUGUUUCUAAAAACACAACCGACAACAGAGACGUGGAGAGCAACAGUUUAAACAAUAACCUGAGUGAUGCUUCAAACAUCCUAGUUUGACUGAUGGGUUUUUAUUACAUUUUUAUUUGUUUGUUCAACAAAACUCUAUUUUUCUCAAUGUUGUCUGUUUAUUGUUGGUUGUCGUCUCAUCAGAUGCAGCCAAACAAGAUGCUUUUGCCAAAAUAAUAUUGUUUGUGACAUCAAAGAAUGAAUAAAAACACAAUGUUAACUUUCACGUCUUGACGUUUUAAAUGUUGUCUAAUGCUAAUUGUGACAUGCUAACAGUUAGCAUGCUAUUCAUUAUGUACAGUGUAAUUUAAUGUCAGUUACUCAAAAUACUUAACUUAAGUACAAGUUCCAGGUACUUUUACUUGAGUAUUUUAUUCUACUACGUUGUCAAUGCAGAACCUUUACUUGUAACAGAUAUACUUAAUAUAGUUAUUUUUAUAUACAUAUAUUAAGUCAUUUUUUCACAGUGUGGU